AUGGCAGAUCCAUUUGAGGUUCGCAUGCGCUUCACUGCGCAAUUACAGCAUCUGAAUGCUUCUAUCACGUCAUCCCAAAAGGCAGCGCAUUAUGCGCUCAAAUACCGCGAUAUGGACGAAGACCUUCACUCAUGCAUUUUAGAGCAACUUGAAAGGAACAAUAUGAACAACAGGGCCAAUAUUAUGUAUUUUAUCGAGCAGUUCUGUGAGAUGGCAACGAAAGAGGAUCACUCUCCAUAUGUCCGUAUGAUACAACGGGACAUAUUGCGAGUAGUUGACGCUGUUGCGCCGGCCGACGGUUCGGGCGCAGCAAAUGUCAAACACGUUCGUCGAGUUCUUAAUGGUCUCCAAAACAAGGAGAUCCUAUCAGCGGCAACGGUAGCAGAGAUUGACGCGGGACUUAAAGAGCGAGAAACACACCCAGCACAUCUCGAUUUGGAAGCAGAAGAGGGACCGGAGGGCAGCGGUAAAUCAAAGGGCGGAACCCCUCGCAGCUCGAAAGGGAGCGGGAUGCGGGUGGACAAGAGACAGAUCGAACAGAGAAUUGAAGAAGACCGUGAACGAAACAAGCGAUUGAGAGAGAGCAUGUGGACAGUUAGUGGGGACGAUGGCGACGAGCAUGGAAAGUUCUGGGAUGAAACUAGUGAUAUUGGAGAUGAUGAUUUCCUCGCGGCGAAGGAGGAACUCAUGGAACGCACACAGAUGAUAAAUGCCAGGUGA